CAUAUAUAUAGGAAGUAACUCUCCCAAACCAGCUGGAGGGAGUGCCUUCAUGUCCCCCCGCCUAGUGAUGGUGCAGACCAUGUGUGACAGGCAGAGGAAAGAGUCACACAUGUUUAACAGCCUCAAUUACAGUAACACGCUCUGAUCUGCUGGGCUUCUUGAAAACACAGUCACAUGGUUUGAAAAGAAAAAAGGCAAGAGGAGGAGGAGGUUGAGACCGGAUAGCAGCAUGCUUACCUGGCAGACUUUUAGUCUCACGUUAGACUCCCCAAUGAAUUUACCUGACACUUCUGUGCACUUGGGCACCUGUUGGAGGAACUGAAAGGACAUGACACAGAACGGCACUGUGGCCGGCAAUGGCACUCAAACUGAUUCUCUCAAAAUUGUGAUCGUCGGAGACGGUGGUUGUGGGAAAACAUCACUGCUUAUGGUGUACGCCAAAGGAGAUUUCCCAGAGAAAUAUGCUCCAUCUGUGUUUGACAAAUAUGUCACCACUGUAUCCUAUGGAGGGAAGGAUAUUCAGCUGAACCUUUACGAUACGGCAGGCCAGGAAGACUACGAUCGCUUGAGGCCCUUGUCGUAUCAAGAAGUAAACCUUGUUGUCAUCUGCUAUGAUGUGACUAAUCCGACGUCGUUCGACAAUGUCACGAUAAAGUGGUACCCAGAGGUCCGUCAUUUCUGCCGUGACAUCCCCAUUAUCUUGAUAGGGUGCAAGACAGACCUGCGAAAGGACAAAGAGAAGACGAGGAAGCUCAAAGCUUUAGAUCAGGCGCCCAUCACCUACCUCCAGGGUGAACAGAUCCAGAAGCAAUUGAAUGCUGAGAUAUAUCUGGAGUGUUCGGCUAAAUAUAGAGAAAACGUAGAGGACAUUUUCAGAGAGGCAACCAAGCGAGCACUAGCGGCCAGGGCUAAAGCAAGACAUCGCAAGAAGAAGAAACGCUGUACCAUUCUGUGACCGCUGCCAGAAGAACACACUUGUAUAUAUGAACUAGGUUAUUCUGUAAACAUCUGCAAAGCUUCUCACAAUUGUUUAAGCUUUCGCAAAGGAAUAUUUUUCAGGACAUGUGGUAUGCUUUUUCUCACAAUCUGUCCACCAAGCGAGGCUUAACUGUUUGACAGAGGUCACCAGGGUGUGUGUGAUGGUCUGUAAUAGUCCACGCCACAUCCUUCUGCUGGUGUCACUGAUGUGACUUGAUGGAAUUUGGUCUGCCAUGAUUGUGGAUGCAAUAGGAGAUGGGAAAACUGCUGCUGAUUUCUCAGGGAUCACUAUACAUAUGUCACAUGGUCACAUUUUAAAUGUGAAGAAGAACCUGCCACUUACACUGGGUGUAACAUGUUUCUGUUGUGCAAUGCAUGUUAUUGACUUGCACAAUAGUAGCAGUUUUUAACCUUUGAGUUAUAGUAUUUUGUGAGUCUAUAAAGCUUUCUGAAAGAAAAAAGAACAACAACAACAAAUAAGCCUGUGGUGUACAAAAAAAAAAAAGAUAAGAAAAUCCAGGAGAUUUGUGUAAAUUAAAUAGAAAAAAAACAUUGCACAAAUAAAAUAAAUAUUGUGCAUAUAUGCAUUUUGCCUAAUGAAGUAAGUCACGUGUGAAGCUAUGUCAGUAGUAAAAUUAUCUACCUCUUUUUACAGAUGCUUAUUCGUUAUACAUCGGCACACAUCAAUUUUGCAUGACGCAGUUUUCAAAUAUUAGGCAGACAUAUGAGUGAAAAUCUCUGCUUCUUUGCAAAACAAACUUGGUCAGAAUACAAGACUUAUAUUGUGGUUAGCGCAAAAACUCCUGUUUUGCAGGAAGCGACGGCGGUACCGGAAGCCUCCAAAUACUGCCGUCACGGAAGAAGCUAAAAAUGAAAUGUUACUGCAGCAUGAAAAUAGUAUCAUUAUUUACUGAUAAUUUAAUUGAAGUUACUCUGCGCUGUUAGUCAAUUAUUUUAUUGACAAUUUAUAAUUAUAAAUAAUAUAUAAUUGUAAUAUAUCUUCAUGGAACAAAAUCUUUACUUAACAUCCUAAUUAUUUUUGCCAUAAAAGAAAAAUCGAUAAUGUAUUGUUUGCUAUUGCUACAAAUAAACCCGUGCUACUUA